CUGCAUUACUACCCAUUUCCCAAGAUGAGCGCCAAGGACAAGGACUGCGGCCACCACCACCACCACUACCAACAAUUCCUCCGCCGCCUCGCCGCCGUCCUCCUCGCCUUGACCAUCAUCGUGGGCAUUGUAAUCUUCAUCAUAUGGGCAGUCCUCCGCCCCUCCAAACCCCAUUUCAUCCUCCAAGACGUCACCGUUUUUAGCCUCAACGCCUCCACCUCCCCAAAUCUCUUGUCUUUGAGUAUGCAAGUCACAAUCUCCUCGCGCAACCCCAACGACCGCAUUGGCGUUUACUACCUCGAAAUGGACGUUUAUGGCGCUUACCGCGGCCAGCAACUCACCCUUCCCACACUCUUGCCUUCCACUUACCAAGGCCACCGUGACAUCGUCGUUUGGUCCCCUUUUCUCUCCGGCGACGCCGUCCCCGUCGCGCCUGACGUCGCCGUGUCGUUACAGCAGGAUAAAAACGUUGGGGCAGUUUUGUUCAAUGUUAAAGUGGACGGGCAGGUUAAGUGGAAGGUGGGCACGUGGAUUUCGGGCAGGUAUCAUUUGAAUGUUAACUGCCCGGCGUUUAUUAAAUUUGGAAACGCUGAUCAUCAUGCCAUCGCUCUUGGCUCCGCCAUGAAGUUCCAGAUUGUUCAGAGCUGCCAUGUUGAAGUUUGACCUUCUUUUCAAAAAUUUCCAAGAAAUUUAUGUC